AUGGAGCUUCUGACUCCAACUGCCUUCUCGCAAUUCGGUACUGUCAUCGAGAACCCAACAACAUCACCGUCAGCGCAGCUGCCCAUCCCCAACCGCAUACCACCACCCGACGCGGUCGCGGCCAACCAGGGCUCGGCUACCAAGUACCUCGAUGUCACGCACAUGUCGAACCUGUAUGACCUUGCGCCGAGCAAGAAACCUGCCAAGGCGGUGAUGAACAUGUUUGUCUGUUCCCCACGGAACCUCCGGCCACACGAGCCGAGCAUGAGCAUGCCCAGCUCCUGGGGUGACUUGGACUUGGAUGAGGACGAGGAAGGAUGCGAAGACUUCCAAAGGCAGCUGUUGGACGUUGCCAUUCUCGAAAGGCAUCCCUUCACCACACAAACGUUUAUACCCAUGGGCCUGUCGCAGCAGGAAAGACACACCCAGUACCUUGUCAUAGUUGCUCCUACUCUACCGGCAAGUGCUUCAAGGCGUCGUACGGGUAGGGCGCCGCCAUAUCCUACACCGCACAUUGAACGGAAACGAAGCGUUAUGGACAUCUUUGCGCGAGCGAGACCAAGCCCAUAUUCAAACGAAACCGCGCCUUCUCAGAGCCAGUUCUCACGACUUCAUCCGUCAGCACGUCCAAAGGGUCCGGGCUUGCCAGACCUCAAGAAUCUCCGUGCCUUCGUGGCAAAUGGAAGUCAAGCAGUGACAUAUGGGGCUGGGACAUGGCAUGCGCCGAUGAUCGUAGUCGGAGACCGACCAAUUGACUUUGUGGUUGUACAAUUUGCGAACGAAGUUGGCAAUGAAGACUGUCAGGAGAUAGUACUGAAGUCGGAUGAAACCGCUUCGGAGGGUGUUGUAGUCGUUAUCGAUACUGAUGCAUCAGGUGCUGUACAGGUCAAGGCUGGUGUAGGCUCUGUGAAGGCAAAGCUAUGA